GACUCGCGAGCGCUCGGUUUAGUGUCAAACACGUUCACGCGCUACCGGAGUCGGUUUCCGUCUCCUGUGUGACGAAACACAAGGCUGAGCUCACACAACUGGAUUAAUCGUUUAUUAUUAACACUCUGUUUAGUGGUUAUUAGACUACAUCAACUUCAUUUUACGCGGACCUUCAGCAAGUUCCAGGAUACAAAAUGAUAUUUACUACUUUCUUAUAUAAACAGGACGGGUGGAGUUGCGUCUCUUGCUUAUGAUGUCUAAGCCGUCGGAAUAAGAAAACCCAGACUAUAUAGAGUGCAUCUGUUAAAGGAAUUAACAGCUAACGUGAUGCUUGGAAAGCAAAGACAUGCAGCCUGUUGUGGAGAACGUGUUGUUACGCCUAUCUGAAGUCAGACCAUAAAUCAUCAGGUUUGGACAGCAGCCAUGGGUAAAGAGCAGGACCUCCUGCUGGCUGUGAAAAACGGAGAUGUUCUUGCUGCUCAAAAACUUCUCGCCAAGAUCAAGGCCAACCGAAACAAGUUACUCAGCUCAACCAAGAAACUGAACGUCAACUACCAGGACACAGACGGGUUUUCGGCUCUGCACCACGCGGCUCUCACAGGCACCACAGACCUGCUGUCUCUGCUUCUGGACGCUCAGGCUACAGUGGACAUUAAGGACCGCAAUGGAAUGCGACCGCUCCACUACGCUUCCUGGCAGGGAAAGGCUGAUUCUGUGCUGAUGCUGCUGAGAGCUGGAGCGUCUGUUAACGGAGCGUCACAGGACGGACAAAUUCCUCUGCACCUGGCUGCUCAGUACGGACACUACGAAGUGUCCGAGAUGCUUCUCCAGCACCAGUCCAACGCCUGUACGGUCAACAAGGCCAAGAAGACCCCACUGGACCUGGCCUGUGAGUUCGGCAGGCUAAAGGUGGUGCAGCUCCUGUUGAACAGUAACAUGGUGGUGGCUCUUCUGGAGGGCAACGGGAGAGACAACACCCCCCUGCACCUUGCUGCCCGCAACGGCCACAAAGACAUCAUCAGGCUGCUCUUGAAAGCGGGAAUCGAUAUCAACAGAACCACAAAGGCUGGAACGGCGCUUCACGAGGCGGCGCUCUACGGCAAAACCGACAUCGUCAAGCUGCUACUGGACGCUGGAAUUGACGUGAACAUCAGGAACACGUAUAACCAAACGGCCCUGGACAUCGUGAACCAGUUCACCACGUCGCACGCCAGCAAAGACAUCAAACAACUGCUCCGAGAAGCCUCGGGAGCAAUGCAGGUCAGAGCACUGAAAGACUACUGGAACCUCCACGACCCUACAGCUCUGAACAUACGGGCCGGAGACGUCAUCAUGGUUUUGGAGCAGCACGUAGACGGACGUUGGAAAGGACACAUCCAUGACAGUCAGAGAGGCAUCGACCGGGUGGGAUACUUCCCUCCGUCCAUCGUGGAGGUCAUAAACCGGAGAUCAGGGGGCUUUCUCUCUCGCCAGGCCUCACUGCCCAACCAAAGACAUCACACUCUAACCAGAGCUCCGCCCCCCAGCGGCCCGAGCUCCGCCUCCCACACCGACGACUCGUACACCCUGUAUUCACCCACUCAUCCCAACUCACCACGCCAAAACGGCCUGAACCUGCACCCAGGAGACAGAAGCAGUGUUGGGAGCGCAGGCAGUGUCGGAAGCAGCCGUAGCGCUGGCAGCGGACAGAGCACUGAGGGCAACGUUACCCACAAUGCACAGCAUCACCCCAUCACCACUGCACAGGACAUCAACAAGGUCUCGCCCUCUGGUGGUGAAGUGUUAGAACAGCAUGGCCUGCAUUCUGAUGUCAUCAACCCUGAGCUUGCAGGUCGCAGGCCGGACCAGAACAGCUCCAGAGCUGGUGACCAAGCUGUCAGGCCACAUGUUAUCCAUCCAGAGCUGGAGGGCAGGGAUGCUGAGGCCAUCUACCAGUGGCUGCGUGAGUUUCAUCUGGAACAGUACACUACAAACUUCCUCACUGCUGGUUACGAUGUGCCUACCAUUAGCAGAAUGACUCCUGAGGAUCUCACAGCCAUUGGUGUGACUAAGCCAGGUCAUCGCAAGAAGAUCUCCACUGAGAUCAGCAAGCUGAACAUCCCAGAGUGGCUUCCAGACUACAUUCCAGCUGACAUUGGUGAAUGGCUUAAUACCAUUGGACUCGCUCAGUACCAGAAAAGGCUAGCAGAGAAUGGCUACGACGCUAUUCACAUUGUGCGAGAUAUUACAUGGGAGGAUCUGCAGGAAAUUGGCAUCAAUAAGCUGGGCCACCAGAAGAAGUUGAUGCUUGCAGUAAAGAAACUUUGUGAUGUGCAUAAGGCUUUGAGGAACCAAGCAGAGGGCAAUGGGACCUUGCAGAGAAAGAGACACCCUCCCACCCUGGAGCUGGUAGCUAUAGAGUCGGCCGACAGUGCCGAUGACACUUCCGCACCACUUACUCCAAAGAUGCUCACCUUCCAGGAUAGCGAGCUGAGCACUGAGCUGCAGAAUGCUAUGAUUCAGAGUGGCUACGGUGGCUGUCAGGAAGGGUUUGGUGCCAUGCUUAGUGGAACAACAUCUGUGUCUCUGAGUCAAGAGAGUAUUAGUAUGCGUUCACGGGGCACCGGGAACUCACAGGAAUGGCCUUUGACUUCUGUUGCUCCCCACAGCCACUCAAAUGAGAGUUUGGGCAGCUUAGACUGUGGUGCCAUCAAAGAUUGCCCAGUUCUACCUGCCAAGAUCGCACCACCAUUACCUAUAAAGAAGCAGCAGUCCACACGUGGCAGCCCACCGAUAGCACCAAUCAAGACAACUCGAUUAGCCUACCCUGCUGCCCAGUCUAGUCCUGGAAUCUCCACAAAACCGGAUGGCUCCCCCAUCCAGAGAGGAUUUAACUACCUGCAAAAAAAUUCAGAUCAGUUAGGCACUGCUCAAUCCAGACCCAUUUUUGAGAAUUGCCAGCCAAAGAAGCGCACACAAAGCCUGUCACGAUAUGCCCUCUCUGAUGGUGAAGAAGAAGAAAAUGAAGCACCAGUAUUACCACCAAACCUGAUCUCAUAUGCUACACUCACGCGAAAACCUGGCCGUGGUCAAACAGGUGCUGCUGCAAGUGACCGGCAUGUGGGUCGGACUCAAUCGUUUGUGAUACGUGCCAAAAGAAAAGGGCCACCUCCACCUCCUCCCAAGCGCCUGAGCUCUGCCUCCAGUGGAGGAAAUAGUGGUGGGGUGGAAAUUGAGAGUGCUGGGAGUGUUCAGAUGAUUGCAGCCAGGCUGGAAAAGAGUGGAGAAAGCCCCACAAAGACCCCAAGAAGCCCCUCAUUUAAAUCUCCCUCACUGGUCACUCAAUCUAAAACUAUAAGCAUUCAGAGAGAGGCAACCAGUGAGAGAGCUCUCUGUCAAACUGUUCAGACAGAGGUUAGUAGAUUAAAACCAGAGGAGCAAGACCUGAAGCUUCAUUCAAGCCAAGAGCAAACACCUUCUGUAUCCCUUCCAGGAAAUUUGUGUGAAAGCAUUCCGUUUGCUCAGGAGGGCAAAGGGACCAUAAAGCAGAGGCCAAGAAUUGAAGUGACUAAAAUGGACACUGAAGCCAGCUUCCAACCACUGAAACCCGCUCAGCUGCCUAAACCAUCCUUAAAAUUACCAGAGUUCAAUCUUAAAGAGUCAGACACUGUCAAGAGGAGGCACAAACCCAGAGAAAAGGAACUGCAGUUCACCAGUCAGGACACACUCCUGGGAAGGGAGAGUUCCCCAGAGCCUGAGAAGACCUCAUUCUCCAUGCCAAAUGGUGGACUAAUAGGGAAUCUGUCUACACAGAAACCUCUAACACCAUGUAAACCAACAUGGCAAUGUGCUGCAACAUCAUUGGCAGUAGGUGGACCUCCUCACGUUGUGCCAGCCAGGAUGGGGCAGGACAUUGCCUUUGGUGGCUCUCCAAUACGAAGAGAGUUUCCAAGUAUCAGUGGACCCCAGGACCAAAAACCAGAUCAGUUUGUUCACAAACGAAUAGAGCAGACCAGUACUUCUCUGGAGGCAGCCCUUGAGGUGGUUGAGAGAAAUUUAGCUCAGACGGAUCAGACUGACGGUGUUUACACGGUGAGAUCAGCAGGUAACAUUCUGGAUGACAUCGGGAACAUGUUUGACGAUCUUGCCUACCAGCUGGAUGCCAUGUUGGAUUGACCCAGAUUUUUGUAUUUGUACCGUUUGUAUACCAUCUUCGGAGUGGACAGAGAAUGUUCUGGCACGCUGUAAGAUAUACUGCCAGAUUUGUUUUAAAGAUAAAAUCUUCAGGUCCUGUCAGUUACUGCUUCUGAGUGAUGCUUUCCUUCUGGAUGGUCAAUACAUCACUGGAUUGAAGAUGGCAUGCAGCCAGAGACACGGACGAAGGAGAAGUAAGAAUGAGACGAGAGGCAAACUAUUUCGCUCAGUUUGCCAGCCUCGGACAAGGUGUGGUCAUUUUACUUCUGCCAGGACUUGAUAGCACUUACUGUUUACUGUGUCCCAGAUUUUUAAGGAAAAGCUUUUCAUUUCCUGUUGCACACAGAGAAAAAAAUCUAGCGUCUCAUCUCUGCUUUGUUCAGGCUCAAAAAGUAACCCGUCGCAUCAUAAACUGUAUAACAGCAUGAUAGAUAGUAAUUUUAUCUUUAGUCUGUUUGCCGGAUGAUCAUCUUUGAUGGAGGUUACCAAUAAGUCCCUUCAGAAUACUACCAUGACUGUAAACAAUUUCAAUGCGUAUCCCAGUGUUUCAUGCAAAAAACUUCAUUUUCUAAGUAGCUUUUUGUUUAUCUGUACUUCUUUCACGUUAAUACUGUCUCACACACAGCUAUGUGACUUUCAUUGUUAUGUUUCAUAACUUGUAUGUUGUAGCAACUCUAACAAAUGGCUAAAAUCUAAUAACAGCCUAGAAAAAUGCUAUAAUAUACACCAUAAUGUAAAGACACCAAAAACUACCAUAAUUUCAGGAGUAGCAUGUCUAUCAUAAAAAACUAAAAAAAUCAUAAUAACUGCACCUAGAAAUGGGCAAACAAAUGUAAUUGAAAAAAUUUUGCCUUAAAAAAGUGCGAAAAAUAAAUAUGUCAGUUUGCUGUACCUGUUUGAGGGAAAUAAUUCUAUUUUUUUAAAAGAUAUCUAGUACCAAAGCUGAGGAUCUGCUAACGUGUGAGUAACGUGAUCCGUAUCGGUAAUCGCUGAGAUUUUUAAUAGCACAUAAACACUAUGGACCAAAUUUGUCAGAGACUGACUGCAGAAUUGGGACCAAUGCUAGAUUUGCACAAUCAUUAGUACCCCUUAAUAUGAAACCUGCAUUCCGAUGCAUUUAUAACACACAGCAAACAUGAUAUCUUACAAUGCCAGAUGAUUGAUAAUUAUUCUUUGAUGAAAACAUAACACGCGUUUCUACACCUUUUUUUUCACGCAUUAUAACGUAUUACGUAUGCUUUAAUACAUAUGGCAUUUUAUAAAUGUGUUUUUAAUGCAAAAUGAAUACAUGAUUCAUCAUAAGUGUUACCCAAUUUUAUAUAUAUAGAAAUUUAUUGUAAAUACAAACAGAAUAUAAUAAACAAACAGCACAUUCAUAUGACCCACAGACUCCCUGCAUGAGUUGUUAAUAGUUUUAAUAAUGAACAGUCCUAGUUUUUUUUUUAAUAGCAAGAGAACGUAUCGUAGCAUCAAAUGCAUGUAUAGUGUUUCUGUUUGAAACGUCACUGUAAUGCUGAUAAAUAGGGAAAUUUCAGUUCUUUGAAUCUUAAUGUCACCUAGGGCCAUAUUCAGAGUUGAUUUAAGCAUGGAUUUAAUAUUUAAUUAAUUAAAACACGUGCUGGAUCAAUCGCUAACGUUUUACAACAAGCUGUUGAAUAAUGAGAGAGAAAGUUAUUUAAUUAUUUUAAAUAUUUGAUUAAACCCAAACCUAUUUAGAGCGAGUGUUAAUAAAAUAAAAAGCAAUAUAAUACACACUGUGUGUUUAUUGCAUUAUUAUAUGCCUGUUUUUUUUAUUAUUUAUAUUAUAAUAAUAUCUUUUUGCUUUUCGAUUGUUUGAAACAGCAAUUUCUUUCUUAAGUCGGUAUUUUCUAGCCUUUUUUUUCCCUUCUAAAUGCCAUACAAGGUCCCUGUCAUGGGCACUUAAGGAAGUUCUGGCUAAAAUAGUUGAUUUAAAUAAAUAAAAAAACUUUAGCAGGCGUGUGACCUGAAAAACAGGAAUGUUUGCUGUGUAACUUUUUCAAUUUCAGCCACAGACUCUGAAUACGGCCCAUAAUUAUGUAAUCCUAACCACAGAACCACUUUUCCUCAAAACAACGUACUAAACGCGGUUUAACCAGAAAGAGGAAGAGCUAUAGCAUUACUCUCUCUUCCAUGCAUUACUGUUGAAUUUCAACACUCUAAAAUAAUCAUUAAUCAAAUAUGAAUAUAGAUUUUAUUUUGCUACUCUUGUUGUCUUUGCACUGUACAUCUACUGUAUGCACUAUACUGUAUUUAUUCUAUUUUAUUUUAGAUAAUUGUAUACUCUGCAUGUACAGUACAACAGCUGACUGAAAAGAAAAAAAAGAUUUGUUAUAUUUGUGUAAUGUUUUUUUUUUUCAUGUUAACGUCCUCAUCCCAGAUGUAGAUCUGAUUGCAAGAGGAAUAAACUUCACUCAACUUGCAUGUUUUUAUGUAGAAGUAUGUCAGUGGCUAGAAAGUCUAUAUCAUUUCUAUGUUUAAUCAGAUUUGUUGAAGCAGGCAUUCAGUUGAUGUUUCAGCAUACAGAUAGUGUAUAAAUACGGUUUGCAACUGAUGGUCAAUUUCAGAAUUAUUGGCACCCAUCAGUUCUUAUGAGAAUGUUUUUAUUUUAUUUUUUUUUUUUUGGAUGAAAAUGAAAUACUUUCUGCAUUUAUUUGAGUAAAUAUAUAUAUUUGAAAAAGGUGCCAAUAAUUUGAGAGCUGGCUGCUGAUUACUGUAGCGUUCAUAUGGAUCCGGUUGUAUCAGUACUAAGGCAAACACAGUAUUGGCAACGUGUGUGCUUGUGCAUCAAGGAGAGACCGUAAAACUGACUGCUGUUUGAGGAGGAAAGCAGCUCAAAUGCUAUUUAACAAAAAAAAGAAAAAAAAAAAAGAAAAAAAGAAAGAAUGAAAAAUUUUGUUUGUAAUAGAAUUUAUUUGUAAAUAAAGCAUGACGUGCUAAACUAACAUUUAUGCCAAGGUCAGAUUUGUAUUCUUGUAUAAAUCGGUGAUGUCAAAUUUGCAGCUUAUGAUGAAGGAUUUUAUCCACAAAAAAAUUGAUCGAAACAUUAGGCUGCGGGGGAAAAAAACGCUAGUCUCUGUUAUUCCACUAGAGGGCAAAGUAGAGCAAUAACAUCGUUCCCGUAAACUAAGCUACUAACAAAAUGAUGUCAUUGUUCAUUACCAUGUAAAUAAAUAUUUUUAUAAAA